AAUUAGUAACUGUGCAAUCAAUUCGGGAAGACUUAGACCCUGGACCCACUGUUCUUUGGAAAAUUUAGAAACUUAAAAAACUUAUUAAGAAUUUUAUUGUACUGAAGUAGGUAUAAGCUAUAGAGCAGUUGCACAAAUUAAAUAUAUUUUAUCCAUGGCAAGUAGUAACAAUACAUUUUUAACUCGUAUGCUCCAGCUUGUCUGGUCGGUAAAGGGUUCAUAAAUUGUUUAUUGUCAUAAAUUACAUUCUAUUUUGGUUUUCUACGGAAGUGUACUUUAUCAAUUUUUAUCAUUGUUUUUAUUUUUACUGAUAACAUUAACGAUUUUUCGUAUAUACCAAUUUCAUACACCACAACGAACAAAAGUCAAUACUCAAUCGCCAUGAAUUCUCAUUUAUUCAGUCUUCCUAUUUCGCUUAACCAAUUAAUCUGAAACGUCAUUGCCAUUUAAUUGACUCGUCAUAUCUCCCACAGGAGGAAAAAUAAUUAAUAAUUAUAUAAAUAAAAUUAUUUAGAAGUAUUUUAAAACAUUUAUUAGUUAGUAGUUUAACAUGUAUUCAGAAAAUGAUUUAAUGUCAUUGCUUCUAAUUGGAAUUUUAAUGUAAACGUCAGUAGACAUAAGCUAGUGGAAGUAUUGUUAACAAUAUGGCAAGUAAUUACAGUCAAGAUGGGCAAGUUCCAACUCCACCUCGUAGGACUCGUACGAGCACUUCAGAAAAAGUACCUUAUGUUGUGGACGUGGUGGCCGAGAGAUGUAUAGUUCCAGCUAUGGAGAGAAUGUCACGGAGGGAUCCUGAUAGGGCAGAAAUGAUGUCUCCUUUAGAUCGUUUAAGAAAUAAUGUGGAUAUGUCAGAAAAUGUUGCUAGAAUGGCAUCACAUCUCAAACAGUUAGAGAAAAAAAGAGACGAACUACAAAGACAAUGUACAGCAAUUGAAACCAUGAACAGACAAAGUGAAGUGAAUAGAUUAAUUGAUAAAAACAAAGAACUGAAACAAGAUAUUUUUGUGUUAAAAAAUCUUACUUAUAGAUUGAAUAGAGAACUAGAAAAAUGUCAAGAUAAAUUGCUUUCAAAGGAUCAAUUCCCUGAAUCUGGUAGUAGUUAUAUGCGAGUGCAAGAUCCAAAAAGUAUAAAUUGGCGAAGAGAAGAUAUUAAUGCAGUGUCACCUUUGUUAGAAGCAUAUCAAACAUCUUUAGAAGAAAAAGAUGUUACCAUUGAAGGUUAUAAAAAUGAACUUGCUCGAUUUUCAUCUAGAAGUAGAGAAAUCGCAGCUGAAAACGAAAAUCUUUAUCAACAACUAGAAGAAGCAAAUGAAAAAGUUGAAGUUACAUAUGGAGAAUGGAAAUCAUUGGAAUCUGAAGUAGCUAUGCUAAAAGAACAUAAUGAGUUAUUGGUUAGACAAGCAAAAUUACACCAAGCAAAGUUGCAGGAUUUACUGCGUUCAUACCAAUCUAGAGUUACUGAACUGAAUGGGGAACGAGAUCAUCUGGCUGAAAAAUACGAGAAUGCUCGUAUAGAACUACUCCAUUUGCAAGGUCGUGUGUCUACAUUAGCUGAAGACUUGAAUCGUAUGAAAACCGAAGAUAAUAAUAAAAUUCCAAUAGCUGUACAUACGUCUGCUGUAAACGAGUGUCGAAGACUUUUCGAAGAGCUUAAGUGUCGCUACGACGACGAGCGUGACACAUUGAUGCGAAGAUUGAUUACUUUUGAAGAGGAAAGGCCUACACUCGAUAUCAGAAUCGUUUCCCUUACCACCGAAUUAAAUCAACAGCGGUCUAUCAACAAAACUUUGGAUCUCCAAUGCUCGCAAUUGAAAGCGAAAUGCGAUGCGUUGGAGAAACAUCUGUUCGAAUGUGAAUCGGAAAAAAAUACCAACAAGAAACAGUUAGCGGACGCCAUGGUGUUUCUGCGCGAGACUGUCAACGAACAGGAAGUGUUGUUGCGUCGUGCGGCUGGCGAAGGCCGAAAUGAUGCUUCUGCUGCCAUGUUGAGCGCUUCAAUAAGUGCCCGAGUAAAAGCUCUCACUGAACACUUGAAGUGCGUAGAACAGGGCGCUCAUCUAGAAGUAAACCGUCUGAGCGGCCGUCUGUACGAACAGUCAGCCGAGCUUGAAAGAAUGAAAAAGACAUACGAGAACGAAAUCAACGCUCUGAAAAACGCACUCCUCCAGAAACAGAGCGUCAUAGAUACGAUGGACGCGAGUCUGGAGAGAUAGCGAUGGUGUCCUUGCGCCGCUUGGUCUUCGUUGUGGUGCCGUAGUCUUAGUCAGUACAUAAUCCGAAGGGUAUGAAUAAGGUUGUAAUAAUGGAAAAAGCCAAAAAUUAACUACAAUAAUAUAGCUUUAUCAAAGACUUUUAAUCAAAAAAAUGUAACUUAACCUCAAAGAAUUAAAGUGUGUUCGUAUAAAUAUUAUUCUAAGAACAAGUAUUAUAUGUUAU